CACAGAAUCGUCUAAGCAACCACAGCCGCACAGACGAAGCGAGUGGCACCCCGUACAGCACCCGCUCAACACGCAAGCAAGCGUCCCUGACUCGCAUACGCACGCACGCACGCACGCACGCACACGCACACGCAUACGAACACAGGCCAUGUCGUCGAAGAAGGGAAAGAGGAAGACGGGAUCGGCAAAGGAGCCCAGCAAACUGGCCAAGAAAUACGAAGAUCUCUCGGACAAAGAGUGGGUGGAGCUGGCAGCAAAGGGAACGUUGGCAUGGCGAAAGGACCUGAUCUCCUCGCCCAAGAUGGCAAGGGCCUUGCUGACGACAGACGCCGCAGCGCUUCAAACACAAUUGGAGGGAAUGAUGAAGUUGACGGAUACGCACUGCAACAUCUUGGACGCAGCACUGUUGGACAUCUAUACACACGUCAUCUGGAAAGCGAGAGAAGCCCAAUUGAAUGUGCUGCAAACAUCUGCGUUCUUCUCCCUUGUUGUUGAACUCAUCAACAACAUCAGAGAGAAGCAAAUGCCGUUGAGCGAGAACAUGGAGUACUUCAAACAGGCCAUGCGAACACAUUCUGUCAUGGCGCCCUGGGAUGGCGUCUCCUCCAUUCCCGACUUUGAUCUCCGCACCAUCUCCAUCGUCACAGAACACAUCAAAACAACCAUCUUCCAGCACUACGCGCUUUACUUCCACGUGCUGUCGCAGCCGUUCGAGCCAGAGACUGUGCCGUUCCAGCUGAGCUACCGGACGCCCAUUGUGCCGCCGCCGUUGUCCGAGGCAGUGCCGCUGCCAGAGAUGAAGGCAAACAACCCUGCAUUCGCCCACGCAGCAUCAGCAACGCAGCACAACGGUGCUGAUGACUCUGCAUCACACCACCACGACGACGCCAGCGAGCGCGCAUCCCCAACACCAUCGAGAACAUCACCCCACCUCGCCGCCUCCAUCCAACCCAUCGCAGAGGAAUGAUGUGACAGCUUUGCGCUUCUUCUGUGGCUUUGUUUGUACAUACGAUUUCUGUUGCAUAUUUUACAUAAAACGACCCCCGCG